CUUCCGGGACGCUGCUGUCACCAAAAAUGGCUUCUCUUGACAGAGUAAAAGUAUUAGUUUUAGGGGACUCCGGGGUGGGCAAAUCUUCCUUGGUCCAUCUUUUAUGUCAAAAUCAGGUUUUAGGUAAUCCAUCAUGGACUGUUGGUUGCUCUGUGGAUGUACGGGUUCAAGACUAUAAGGAGGGAACCCCAGAGGAGAAAACCUACUACAUUGAACUCUGGGAUGUAGGAGGAUCUGUGGGCAGUGCCAGCAGUAUCAAAAGCACCAGAGCGGUCUUCUACAACUCAGUUAAUGGAAUUAUAUUGGUACAUGAUUUGACAAACAAGAAAUCCUCUCAGAAUCUUUACCGCUGGUCACUAGAAGCUUUGAACAAGGAUUCCUCUCCAACAGGAGUCAUUGUCUCAAACGGUGACUAUGAUAGAGAGCAGUUUGCUGAGAACCCAGUGCCUUUGCUGCUAAUUGGUACCAAGUUCGACCAGAUCCCAGAGAACAAACGCAAUGAAGUCCUCACCCGAACAGCCUUCCUGUCUGAAGACUUCAAUGCAGAGGAGAUCAAUCUUGACUGCACUAACCCGAGAUACCUUGCUGCAGGUACAUCAAAUGCAGUGAAGCUUAGCAGAUUCUUUGACAAGGUAAUAGAGAAGAGAUAUUUCACAAGAGAUCCAAGUCAGAUGACGGGUUUCACAGACAGAAAACGGUUCAACUUCAAAAGUUUGCACUAUGACUGACGAGCCACAAGCUACAGCCGUGGUCUGGGGUUUGG